AAUUCAAAAUAUUUGCCAGUGAACAGUAUCGCAAGAAAUUUUCAAAAGGAUAAUGAAGCAAACUCAUUAAAAGCGUUGAUAAUCAAGCGUUCAAGUCCGAACACUGUUACGUCGGGCUUGGAAAUGGAGAUAUUUUCGGAGUCGGAUUAUAGAAAGGACGCGUUCAAAUCCGAAAAACGUUUCGUCGGGCUGGAUAAUGGGGAUAUAGUGGAUUUGUCGAAGAGAUACGUUCAAGUCCGAACACUGUUUCGUCGGGCUUGA